AUGUUGAAAUUUUCAAGACCUGUAGUGAAAAAUUGCAAACAAUUAUUACUAUUUAAGAGAUGUAUAACAAAUUCCCCUAUCAUUAAAACAACGUCAUAUCGUUUAUUAUCCAAUUAUAAAUCAAGUGAUACCCCUUUAUUUAAUGGUAUUGGGGCUAUUCGUUCUUAUGCAAACACUGUUAAAUUUACAUCUGAAGUUUAUCCUGAUAUUCAUAGAAAUGAUAUUUAUAAAAAACUAAAUUCUGAUGAUUUAGAAUAUUUUAAAUCAAUUUUAUCAAAACAAGAAAUUAUGUAUGUUGCAAUAGAAAAUGAUUUACAAGAACUGGAUUUAUUUAAUGAAGAUUGGAUGAAAAAAUAUAAAGGUCAGUCUCGUUUAGUAUUGAAACCAAAAUCUGUUGAAAAAAUUUCAUUAAUUUUAAAUUAUUGUAAUGAAGAAAAAUUAGCAAUUGUACCACAAGGUGGUAAUACUGAUCUUGUUGGUGCUUCAGUUCCUGUAUUUGAUGAAAUUAUUCUUUCUUUAAAUAAUCUUAACCAAAUUAGACAAUUUGAUCCAGUAAGUGGAAUAUUAAAAUGCGAUGCUGGUGUCAUAUUAGAAAACGCAGAUAAUUAUUUAAGAGAACAUGAUCAUAUUUUCCCAUUAGAUUUAGGUGCAAAGGGCUCAUGUCAUGUUGGUGGUGUAUGUGCUACAAAUGCAGGUGGACUAAGAUUAUUAAGAUAUGGUUCAUUACAUGGUUCUGUCCUUGGCUUAGAAGUUGUUAUGCCUAAUGGUGAUAUUGUUAGUAGUAUGCAUUCAUUACGUAAGGAUAAUACUGGUUAUGAUUUAAAACAAUUAUUUAUUGGUGCCGAAGGUACUUUGGGAAUCAUCACUGGUGUAUCUAUCUUAACACAACCAAAACCACAAGCAAUUAAUGUCAGUUUCCUUGCUGUAAAAAAUUAUGAAGCUGUUCAAAAAGUUUUUGUUAAGGCAAAGAAAGAAUUAGCUGAAAUUUUAUCUGCCUUUGAAUUUAUGGAUCAAAGAUCAAUUCAAUUAACAAAAAAACAUAUUGAAAAGGAUACAUCUUUCCCCUUAGAAGACGAAUAUCCAUUUUAUAUUUUGAUUGAAACCUCGGGAUCUAAUAAAGCCCAUGAUGAUUCAAAAUUGGAAACUUUCUUAGAGAGUGCCAUGGAAUCAGAAAUUGUUAUUGAUGGUACCAUUGCUCAAGAUGAAACUGAAUUACAAAAUUUAUGGAAAUGGAGAGAAAUGAUUCCAGAAUCAAGUCAAUGUCAAGGGGGUGUAUAUAAAUAUGAUGUCUCUUUACCAUUAAAGGAUUUGUAUUCUUUAGUUGAAGUUGUAAACAAGAAAUUGGCCGACGCAGAUUUAUUAGGGGAGGCUCCAAAACCUGUCAUUGCUGCUGUAGGGUAUGGUCAUGUCGGUGAUGGGAACUUGCACUUGAAUGUUGCCACGAGAUGUUAUUCUAAAGAAGUUGAACGUGCUUUAGAACCAUUUGUUUAUGAAUAUGUGUCUUCUAAACAUGGUUCAAUUAGUGCAGAACACGGUCUGGGAUUUCAAAAGAAAAAUUACAUUUCAUAUACCAAGAAUGAACAAGAGAUCAAAAUGAUGAAGGACUUGAAGAAACAUUAUGAUCCAAAUGGUAUCAUGAAUCCUUAUAAAUUUAUUUAA